CCAGCCUGCCCAGUUGCCUCCUUGCCUGCCCUGGGCUGUCUUGAAUGCCUAGUCUUUCCAGCUCUUUGGGGGUCUGACAAAGCCGGGACCAUGUCUACAUUUGGCUAUAGAAGAGGACUUAGUAAAUAUGAGUCCAUCGAUGAGGAUGAACUCCUGGCCUCCCUUUCACCUGAGGAACUGAAGGAGCUAGAGAGGGAACUGGAAGACAUUGAACCUGACCGAAACCUUCCUGUGGGGCUGAGGCAAAAGAGCCUGACGGAGAAAACCCCCACAGGGAACUUCAGCAGAGAGGCGCUGAUGGCCUAUUGGGAAAAGGAAUCCCAAAAGCUCUUGGAGAAGGAGAGGCUGGGAGAGUGUGGAAAGGUGGCCGAGGAAGACAAGGAGGAGAGCGAGGAGGAGCUGAUCUUCACGGAGAGCAACAGUGAGGUUUCCGAGGAGGUGUACACGGAAGAGGAGGAGGGGCAGGAGGAGUCUGAGCAGGAGGAAGAGGAGGAGGAGGAAGAGGAGGAGGAGGAAGACGACAGCGAGGAGGAGGAAAGGAUUGACACUGCAAAGGGUACCAACGGCGCAGUGACCCACAGCAGAGCCGGUUUGGAGGCCGCGAAGCCGCAGACCUUUAAGAGUCAGAUAGAAAACAUCAGCUUGAGCAAUGGUAACAGCGGCAGGCGCGCGGAGUCGCCGGCGGCCAUGCACCCGUGCGGAAACCCCACGGUGAUCGAGGACGCGUUGGAAAAGAUUCGAAACAAUGACCCCGACACCGUCGAGGUCAAUCUGAACAACAUCGAGAACAUCACCACGCAGACCCUGGCCCGCUUUGCGGAAGCCCUGAAGGGCAACACGGUGGUGAAGACCUUCAGCCUGGCCAACACGCACGCGGACGACAGCGCGGCGCUCGCCAUCGCAGACAUGCUCAAGGUCAACCAGCACCUCACCAAUGUCAACGUGGAGUCCAACUUCAUCACGGGAAAGGGCAUCCUGGCCAUCAUGCGGGCCCUGCAGCACAACACCGUGCUCACCGAGCUGCGCUUCCACAACCAGAGGCACAUCAUGGGCAGCCAGGUGGAGAUGGAGAUCGUCAAGCUGUUGAAGGAGAAUACCACGCUGCUCCGGCUCGGGUACCAUUUUGAGCUCCCAGGCCCCAGAAUGAGCAUGACGAGCAUCCUCACCAGAAACAUGGAUAAACAGAGGCAGAAACGCAUGCAGGAGCAAAAGCAGCAAGAGGGAUCUGAUGGUGGAUCCAAUCUUAGGACCAAAGUCUGGCACCGAGGGACGCCUGGCUCUUCUCCUUACGCAUCUCCCAGGCACUCUCCCUGGUCAUCCCCCAAACUCCCCAAGAAAGGCCAGGCUGGGCGGAGCAGACCUCCCUCCCCUGUGGCCCCACCCCCUCCUCCCCCACCCCCUCCACCCCACGUGCUGCCUCCCCCUCCGCCACCCCCUCCUCCUCCUCCUCCACCACCCUCAGAGAAAAAGCUCAUCACCCGAAACAUCGCAGAAGUCAUCAAACAACAGGAGAGUGCCCAGCGGGCCUUACAAAAUGGACAGAAAAAGAAAAAAGGCAAAAAGGUUAAGAAACAGCCCAACAACAUCCUAAAGGAAAUAAAGAAUUCUCUGAGAUCCGUACAAGAGAAGAAAAUGGAAGAAGGUUCUCGACCUUCGACUCCACAGAGAUCAGCUCAUGAGAACCUCAUGGAAGCCAUUCGGGGGAGCAGCAUGAGACAGCUGCGGAGGGUGGAAGUCCCAGAAGCUCUGCGAUAAAAAAAAAAGCUGUAGAAGAGGACUUGUUCAUGUGCUUGUCCAGUGGUGUUCAAAGAAGUGCAUUGUGAGAUGUUUCGCAAAUACCUUCUGUAAUUUGAAAUGUUCCUGACUUUAAAGAUAGCCUCACCCCAGAAUUCCAAAGAGAAUUUUUAGAAACAAUGAGUAUUUUUCUUCUGUAAAUAUGAAAGUAAACUUUCUUUUUUAUGUUAUGAGAAUUGUACAGGCCAGAAGAGAUUAAAGAUGCUCUUCUUAUCUCUGGCUGUCUUGGAGAUUUUGAGCUGUAAUAAAUUAAAGAAAUGUGCUGUUAUUUUUGUAAUCACAAUAAAUUUGAAUUGAGGUUUUCCUUUCCUUUUGUUUUUUAAGAAAAAGAUAAACUAAUAUUUUCUGUGAGUUGAUACAUCUGCCAGGUGUGUAUGUAACAUUGCUGAAAAUUAAAAAUAUGACAUUCUCACCCCAAAA